UCCGUGGUAUAAAAACGCUUGGGCUAUAUAGAAUUUCGUUGAAGUGAUUUCCUUGGGAUUUAAUGAAUUCUUUGGCGAAACACUAAUUUUGUUAUAAUGUGCUAGCCAUAUUUGUACUCUCGUUCCAAGUUUGGUGCGGUGUUUUGUAUGGUUUGAUUUUAAGAAUGAAUCCGGCUGAUUUACUCUCUGCUGCAAAGUCUGGAACAACCAGCAGCAUAUUAGAAUUCUUAAGGAAACCAGUUGUUAUACUAAGACUUGUUGCUGUACUAAGCUCAAUAAUAGUUUUCGGGUCAAUUUCGUCUGGAUGUCAUACUCAUCAAGAUGUUUGUAUUUUUGGGGCUACAUCAAGUGCUUGUAGUUUCCCUGUUGCUGUUGGUGUUUUCGCUUUCCUUGGAUCAAUUGUUUUUCUUGCAAGUGAUUUCAUGUUCAAUUCAAUUUCAAAUCUUAAAAGACGAAAAAUUGUGAUAAUUGGUGAUCUGGCCUUCUCAGGUUUAUGGACAUUCCUAUGGUUUGUUAGUUUUUGUCUACUUGCAAAUAAAUGGACAAAUACAUCUGAUGAAUGGUUGAGUCAACAUAAAGUUGAAGGAUGGCAAGAGAGUAAUGCUCGUUCAGCUAUCGGUUUUGCUUUUCUGUCAAUUGCAAUUUGGGGUGGGAUUACAUUCUUUGCAUUGCAACGAUUUCGACUCGGGCAAGUUAAUCUGAACGCUGAAGAUGAAUUAGGCGGACCUGGUUCAACUAUGGAUCCGAAUGCUGGUGUUCCAGGUCAAACAUAUCCUGGUAUGAAUGAUCCAAUGAGUCAGCAGCACCAGCAACAACAGCAACCGUAUGGUGGAAAUAUUCAACAACCACCUAUGGGUGCCGGAGCUGGUCAAUAUUACGGACCGACGUAUUAGGACAAAGAAAUCUGCAAUACUGUGUAGACACAAAACAAAAUAUGUGAUGAAAAGAAAUAAAAGUGUGGUACUAUGCAUCUAUCUAUCUAUCUAUCCUCUGAUGUCAUCUUAUUGUAGUUUGAAAACCGGAAUGCCGCAUUUUCAUUGUAUCCCUUCUGUUUUUGUUGUUGUUGUUGUUGUCAACGUCGUCGUUUUCGGUGUCGUCCCACAUCAUUCCAUUUAUUAUUAUUGUUAUUAUUAUGGUUAUUUUAUUAAUACUAUUACCUUGAUCACUAUUAUUAUUAUUUUAUAUUAUUAGUUUCUAUCCUUCUAACUUUUUGUCUUAUCAUGAUAUUUUAAUUAUGAGAUCUGCGCAUAUACAUAUAGCGAUACAUAUACAUACAUCAGUUUCUAGGAUCGAGACGACUAGGUUAUGAGCUUAUACUGUGUAUGAUCCUAUGAUCCAAAUUAGCUGUUAAUCUUUUUUUGUUUUUGUUUUUGUGAAAGCUGUGAUUUUAAGCAUUUAAUAAUUUUCUUCUCUGAAACAUUCCUUCCAUUCCCAUUUGACACACAUACACACACACUGUGACGCAAUAUUAUUUGUGCAUUUAUAGCUGAAAUACUCUUCAUGAAUAUCUAUCUAUCUCUUGUAAUCCUGUUGUUCCCUUUGGUCAACACGCUUCUAGUCGUAUUUGAAUUGAACUUAGCAUAAUACAUGAAUAUAUACAUAUAUAUAUCUUAUAUUUAUACAUAUAUAUUUAUAUAUCAAAUAUACAAAUAAAAUCUCUUCUUC